CAUGGACACAACCACCCCCACCCUGACCAUGACCCCCACCCCAUCUUCCACCCCAACUGUCCCCACCAUCACCACCAGCAGCAGCAUUACCACCAGCGCAACCACCAUGACAACCACGGUCACGAGUCCAGGUCAGUGCCAGAACGGUGGCACCUGGGACGGUGGCAAGUGUUUGUGUCCCGAGGGCUUCCAAGGUGACUUCUGCGAGGAUCCCAUCUGCCAGAAUGGGGGCACCUGGGACAGCGGCCUCUGCCAGUGCACCAAGAACUUCCGAGGGGACAGGUGCCAGUUCAUCAAGGACAUCGUGGACAUCAGCAACGAGCCAGUGAUGAUGAACGCCACGGUGGAGAUGAAGACCAAAAUCGUCAACAGGAAUUUGACUGAUGAAUUCAAAAAUCCAUCCUCAGAUGCUUACAAGGACUUCGAGAAAAUGUUCCAGGAGAAGAUGUUGAAGAUUUAUGGGCACAUUAAGGACUACCAAGGUGUGGUCAUCAAAAACCUGAGCUCGGGCAGCAUUGUGGUGGUCUAUGACGCCCUCCUGAAGGUCAACCCCAGCUCCAGGGUCAACGACACGCUGAAGAACAUCUCCAAGAACUUCGUCACUGCCUUCCAAAACUACACCGACUGCGAUGAGACCUGCACAGGGGACAAAUGUUCUUUCUGCUUCAACGCCGCUGCCACCGAAGUCCUCAACUACAGGCCGGAACCGUUGGAAGAAGGUCUGUGCGACACCUACGUCCAGGAGGGCUUCCAAACCUUCUACAGACCAUCCCUGACGGACACCGGCAUCGUCUGCGUCACGCCCUGCGAUGCCCGCCACGCCCACCCCCUGCCCUGCGUCCAUGGCAGCUGCUCCGUCAGCCGGGCGGGGCCGCAGUGCCAGUGUUCGGACCAGCUGAUCUUCUGGUACCAGGACAAAGCCUGCAGGUCCCGUGUCAGCAAGGUGGGCGUGGCCGUAGGGGUUCCGGUGGCCAUCUUGGUCCUGGUCACCACCAUCUUCACCGUCCUCCUGCUGAGGUCUCGGCGGCAGAAGGAACAGUACAGGGACAGGCUGAGGUCCCGCUCGGAGCUGUACAGCAGCGAAGAUGAGAACUGGGACGCAUCGCAAGGCUUCGCCGCGGGGAACCCGGCGGCCACCUGGGAAGACAUGGAGACCUCCAGCACGCCCUACAUCAACCUGGAGAUGGUGGACACCUCGAGGAUGAUGCACAUCCGGAGACCGACCGUGGUCCCACCAGUGGGGCCACCCGAGAGCCAGCGGGGACAGGACACGGGGACACGGAGACGGGCGGAGGGGGGACACAGGGACACGAGGACAUAAGGACACGGGGACACGGCGGUGAUGAGCAGCGGGAAAUCCACCGUCCUCUUCCUCCCCGCGCAGCUGUUUGCACAGAGAGCUUUUUAUAAUUAAUUAUAAUUAAAUAUAUCCUUUGUUUUA